AGCUGAUAACUGGUAAGUGGCAAUUUUAUUUUAGAGCGACCUGCGUCGGAAGACGCCAUUCGCCCGAGAAUCUUUGUGGUCGCACAUCGUGUACCGUGGAAUUUUAAAAUGGCGGCAAAUUUCAAGUCUGAGAAAGUUGGGAUCGUCGGGAGUGGUCUAAUUGGAAGGUCAUGGGCGAUGUUAUUUGCAUCAGUGGGCUACCAAGUGACAAUAUUUGAUAUUAUUCCUAAACAAGUUUCCGAUGCUUUAGCAGAUAUCAAAGUCCAAUUGAAGACACUAGAAAAAGAUGGUCUACUUCGCGGUACACUGAAUGCGGACCAACAGUAUCAGUGCAUUAAAGGUUCAUCGGAUUUAGCGACCGUAGUCAAAGGCGCAGUGUUUGUACAGGAAUGUGUUCCUGAGAACUUAGACCUCAAAAAGAAGCUUUAUGUAGAUUUGGAUAAAGUAGUUGAUGACAAAACCAUCUUAUCGAGUUCUACAAGCUGCAUUCUACCAUCAUACUUUUCGGAGAGUUUGAAACAUAAGUCGCAGGUGAUUGUAUCUCACCCUGUGAAUCCUCCAUACUAUGUUCCCCUGGUGGAGAUUGUACCAGCUCCGUGGACGAAACCAGAAGUUGCAAAGAAGACAAAGGAAAUCAUGUUGGAAAUUGGUCAAGAACCUGUUUUGUUGUCAAGAGAAAUCGACGGUUUCGUUCUUAACCGCAUUCAGUACGCAAUCCUAAACGAAGCAUGGCGUUUGGUUUCUGACGGUAUAGUAAAUGUAGAGGACAUCGACAAAGUAAUAUCGGAAGGAUUGGGUAUGCGCUACGCGUUCCUUGGUUCAUUAGAAACCGCGCAUUUGAAUGCUGAAGGAAUGAAGAGUUAUAUUGAAAGGUAUGGUGAGACUAUUUACAACGUAAGCAAAACUUCAGGAGAAAUUCCACGUAUGACACAGAGCACCAGCGCUAACGAUAUCUGUGAACAAUUGAACAAACUAGUGCCCAUCGAAAAAUUGCCAGAGCGUAGGGCAUGGCGUGAUGCUUGCCUAACCCGAUUGUCAAUCCUGAAGAAAGAAAUGAACAAAACGUACAAAAAGUAAAUUUAAUGAGUAGAUGUAAAAUAACUGUUUUUAUAUAUUUUGAUGUUAACAAUAAAAUAUGU